AUGACGGCAAAGCGCCCGCGUGCUGCCUUUGAGGCUGACAAGGCCUCACCCCCGGCAAAGGCUCCUUAUGCCUUUUAUGGUACACCCUUGCCGUCACUGGAAGACGGAGCUCGUGACGAUGGCUCCUACAUGCCCGUGUGGAAGCAAGAGGUAACGGAUGAGCGGGGACGGAAGCGGCUCCAUGGCGCCUUCACUGGUGGCUUCAGUGCAGGUGCGCGAUCCAUCACAGCUAUUUCAAUACGGUCGGCUCCAAGGAAGGAUGGACUCUCCUCCACCUUUGUCUCAUCUCGUCAGAAUCGUGCCCGCGAUGCAAAAGGGAAGCAGGCCGUAUCGCAACGGCCAGAGGAUUACAUGGAUGAAGAGGAUUUGCGUGAGCAGGAGGAAUCGCGCCAACCACAGACCACUGAAGGAUUUGCGGGAUUUGGUUUGACAGAUACGACUCGCAGAGCAGGUCUCAUGGACGUGCUCAAGAUCGGAGGGGAGACUAUGGGCGUCAAACUGCUCAAGCGCAUGGGCUGGCGUGAGGGCCAAGGCAUUGGUCCAAAGGUUCGGCGUCAAGCCAAUCUGGGGCAAAAAGCAAGCUUGACGACGGACUCCCAAGAGGAAACCUACCUUUUUGCACCGGAGAACCCGCCCAUGGUCUCUUUCACCCGGAAAACGGAUCACAAGGGCCUAGGGUUUGAAGGUGAGGCCCGUCUAGAUGAUCCACGGAUGACACGAGAGGAGAAGCCGGACGAUUCGGAUUCUUAUUUUGGAGACAGGCUGGGUGUGGACAAGAAAUCCAAAGCCAAGAAAAAGACAAAAGACGCAGCCCGGGGUGGCUUUGGGGUGGGUAUUCUCAAUGACACUGGAUCAGACGACGAGGACCCAUACGCACUGGGGCCGCAAAUUGCUUAUAACAAGACGAUCGGGGCGGACAAGAAGAAGAAGAAAAAGGCGCCCGUGAUCACCACAGCCAACCCGCUCCUGGACAGCAAACCGGUCUUCAUAUCGAAGAAGGUUGCUGCAGCCCGCACGACGGGUGGCUUUCGGAAAUGCCGAGAUGGACGAUUACCGCUGGACGGGUUUGUCCUGGCUGAUACUCUCUCGGGUCUUUCCGUUUCAGAGACGCGAUACGAUCCUCCUGCGAUUCCAGAAGGAUGGAAGUCGAGCAAAGGAUCGAGCUCGAGCGAGCGAGACCCUUCGACCUACAUCUCGACGGCGGAAGCCGCCAAGACAUCCUCGAUGGACCCGACGCAAAGAGCCGCUGCUCUGGGAGAAACUCAGCUUCCGGGCAAGUCCAUUUUUGACUGGAUGACCCCAGAAGCUCGAGAGCGAAUCGCCAAACUAACAGGAAAGACCAAUCUACCUCCCGCUCUGGGAGAAAAGGCCCCCAAGGGCUUCGAGACAUCGGACACGCAACGACGAAAAGACUUGUGGGACCUAGUGCCCAGAUUGGAUAAACAAGUGGCCGUGCAGGCCUUGGCUCGCGCAGUCAGCGGUUGGAUCCCCUACGCUGAAGAUGAGAAUAAACGUGCGCGCUAUCGAACUUUUCUGGAAGUGCGAGCGGAGGUGCGCGACACCUUACCGGAUCGCGCACCGGGAUCCAGCACCGACGAAUGGGUCAAUGAAAUGCAAGAAUUCGCGCGCGCGGCUGAGAUAUUCAAACCCAUGACCGGCAUCAUGGCCUCUCGCUUCACAUCAGCCUCCUCGGGCCCGAAAGUGGCCUCCGAUGCCCCCGAGCAAUCCACCGACUCUCUCCUCAGUCGCCCAGCUGAAAGGCCUGAUCCACCCGCCGUGGCCGCUGCCAAGAUUGGCAUGUUUGGGCAGAUGACUCGCAGUUCCAGCACCUUCUUCCCAACGCGAUUGUUGUGCAAGCGGUUCAAUGUCAAGCCCCCGGACCAUGUGCAGCUUGAUCCUGGAGAAGUUGCAGGCAGCUCCUCCGAGACUGCAUCUGGAGCCAGACCUCGCUUCCAAUCUGGCGGAUAUCAGCAUGAUGCACCGACACGAAAGGACCUUGUCUCUCAGGAUUUAAUGGAGAUGAUCCUGUUGGAAUCAGGUCGUAAAUCGGAGGCAUCAGAAGCGAAUCCCAAGUCUGCGGAAAUGCAAGCGCCGUCUGCUCCAACUGCGACGCCCAUUCAAGCCGUCGAGCCCGAGCGUAAUGAGGCCCUCGAGGCUGAACGACCAGGAGAAGCAAUCUUUAAGGCUAUUUUUGGCAGCGACGAUGAGGAAGACGACGACGAUGUGAUUUGA